UAUCAAAAAAAAUUUCAGGACGCAGACCAGCACCACCAUCAUUUUCCCUGCCCACAAAUAUACAAAUAACCUUACUUCACAUAUAAACUUCACAAGAUACUACUCCUAAUCAAAUCUAUACCCACGCACUCCACCAAUUCCUCCCAACACCCCUCAAAAACCAACUACAACCAAAACACCACCCACCUCCGACCCCGCCAUCCGCACGCAAAAAUGACCACUCAACCCCCCCAGACGGCAACCCAAUACCUCGACCUCGGCAUAACCCUCGCGAUCAAUGCCUGGCCGGCCCUGACCCUUGCUGUGCAAUCCAACUGGGGCGGCCCAACCUCCUCCGACAAGCGCGACUGGCUCUGCGGCGCCAUCUCCGAGAUGAUACAGGAGCGCCCCGAGACCGACGCCGAGGAUCUCGAGGAUGUGCUUAUCCAAGUGAUGAAUGAUGAGUUUGACGUCGUGGUGGAUGAUGAGAGCGCGGGGAUGGUUGCCGUGCAGAUUAUGGAGAUGAAGGGGCAGACGGAGAAGGGAGAGUUCGGGGCGAUUCAGGAGAUGUGGGAGAAGUGGCAGAGUAAGAAGGGGGCUUCGGAAAUUGCGGGGUUCCAGAGAGGUGAGGAUCAGGAUGAUGAUGACGACGAUGAUAGCGAGGAUGAGGACGGGGAUAUGGAUAUGGAUGAUGCGCCUGCGCCGGCGUUGGUGAGGGCGCCGAGGGAGAAGGUUGAGCCCGAGGUUGAUGAGGAUGGGUUUACGACUGUUGUUUCGAAGAAGAGGAGGUAAUCUUCUUUUCUUUCUAAGGUAUUGAUUGUUUUGUUUGAUAUUGUUAAAAAUUGUUUGUUGUGCUAGUGCUGGUUGAUUCCCCAUAGAAUAGACGCCUUGUUCAUGUAUUCUGGCUGUUUGCCUAUGCUACAGCUGUGUGAUUCAUGCGCGCAGUGAAUCCCUUUGACUAUCCAAAUACUGAAAGAUAGUAGAAUGCGUGA